UUGUAUUUGCAGAUAGUUCAGUAGUUCAGAAUUUAGUCUAUGCAUUAUAUAAUAUAAAAAAGUUAUCUUCAAAAAAUGAUGAAGAUGAAGAUUUUUUUAAUUUCUUUAUGUCUUAUGGCAAUAACCCCAAUAUCUGAUGCCAUCACUGUUAUGUCUAUUGACCUCAGUAGCGAGUGGAUGAAAAUUGCAAUUGUAAAACCAGGAGUGCCAAUGGAGAUUGUUCUUAACAAUAAUUUUCAGAGAAACAAAGCGAAAAACUGAAGUUGCAGUUUCAAUGAAAGAUGGUGUGAGGUUGUUUGGGAGUCCUGCUGUAACUCAGGGUGUCAGGUUUCCAAAAUCAACAUAUUUUUACCUUACUGAUUUGCUGGCAAAGAAAAUGGACAAUCCACUUGUUCAACGUUAUAAAGAAAGAUUUCCAUAUUAUGAUUUGAUUGAAGAUCCUUCCACUGGAUACGUGCAAUUCAUGCAUGAUGAAGAAAAGAAGAUUAUAUAUUCACCUGAAGAAUUAGUUGCCAUGAUAUUUAAUUAUUCAAGAUCAUUAGCAGAAGACUUUGCUCAGCAAGCAGUUGAUUCGUGUAUGAUCACAGUGCCAUCAUAUUUUAAUCAAGCUGAACGCAUGAUGGUGCUUUAUGCAGCAAAACUUGCUGGGUUACCAGGACCUCAAUUAAUGGAUGAUAAUACUGCAAGUGCAUUGAAUUAUGGAGUUUUCAGGAGAAAUAACAUCAAUGCCACAGCAUCUUAUGUAAUGUUCUAUGACAUGGGAGCUACUAGCACCACUGCUACUAUUGUUUCAUAUCAAGUGGUUAAAGUGAAUGGAAUUGCUGAUCCACAACUGGCUGUAAAAGGUGUUGGAUUUGACAGAACUCUAGGAUCUUUUGAUAUGGAAUUUCGAAUAAGAGAACAUUUAGUUAAGCUUUUUAAUAAAAAUAAAAAGACCAAAAGCGAUGUAACAAAAAAUCUUCGUUCAAUGGCGAAACUUUUAAAAGAGGCAGGAAGAUUGAAAAAAGUUCUGAGUGCUAAUGUUGAACAUCAUGCAAGGGUUGAAUCUUUGAUUGAUGAUGAAGAUUUUCAUUCCAAAGUAACAAGAGAAGAAUUUGAGAAUUUAUGUUCCGAUAUGUGGCCCCGUGUUGCGGUACCAAUUAGAACAGCACUUAAAUCAGCUGGUCUUACAAUAGAUAUGAUCAGUAAAGUUGUUCUGGUUGGUGGAGGCACAAGAGUUCCUAAAGUUCAAGAGAUUUUACUCAAAGAAACAGGAAAAGAAUCUCUUGGAAAAAGUCUGAAUACAGAUGAAGCACCAGCUUUGGGGGCAUCUUAUGAAGCUGCGGCUCGAUCAAAUGGUUUCCGUGUCAAAACAUUUCAUAUAAAAUCUGGAGCUGUAUAUCCUAUUGAUAUUGAAUUUGACAGAACAACAACUCUUGAAGAUGGUUCAGAGACAACCAAACAUGUUCGAAAGACAUUGUUUCAAAGAAAUAAUCCAUAUCCUCAAAGAAAAGUCAUUACAUUCAACAGGUUCUAUUCUGACUUUGGAUUUGAUGUUAAUUAUGGAGAUUUAAAAUUUUUAUCGGAGGAACAAUCAAAAUUGUUUGGAACAAAAAAUAUUUCAUCAGUCAAAUUGGAAGGUGUGCGAGCAGCUCAUGAGUUAUAUGGUGGAAAUAAUGCAACUGAAUCAAAAGGUGUCAAAGCUCAUUUCAGAAUGGAUGAAAAUGGAAUCUUGAAUUUGGAAGAGGUUGAGUCUUUGUAUGAAUCUAAUACCACAUCAGCAGAAGUCGAUAACACCACUGAAGAAGAUGCCUCAGCUUUUCAAAAAUUGAAGGACAGCUUUUCAAGCCUUUUUGGUGGUGAUGCAGAAGGUUCACCCACAGACAAAGAAGAAACUGGUGAUGAAGAUAAAAAAGAAAGCAAGGAACAGGAAAAGAAUGAGGAAAAAACAACUGAAACUAAUGAUCCGUCCAGCAAAGGUGAAUUUGCUAAUGAAGAUGGUAAAACAGAUACAAAAGAAUCAGAUGACAAAAAUUCAAAGGAGUCUAACGAUAAAUCUGAAAGUGAAGAAAUGAAAAAAAAAGAAACUGAGGAAGCAAAAUCGACAUUUGAAAAUACCACCGAAGAGAAAGCAUCCAAUACAACGAAAAAUGGAACUGAAACUUCAAAAAAAGUUAAAAAAGUGAAAAUAUCUGCUCCUGUUGAAAAAACUAUUUCAAGAAAUGAUUUCAAAGGUCAUUCAUCAGAUGUUUUUGAUGCAUCUAAGGAAAAAUUGAAUGAAUUGUCAGCGACUGAUGCUUUGAAAGCUGCAAGAGAAGAAGCUAUGAAUGGUUUAGAAUCGUAUAUCUAUGAUAAAAGAGAUAAGUUGUAUCAGGAACAAUACGAGAAAGCAUUAACAUCAACGGAGCAGGAAGAAAUAACAAAAGCACUCACUGAAGCUUCUGAUUGGCUGUUUGAUUUGGAAGGAGAUGUUGCUCCCGAGGUAUACAAAGAAAAAUUGAAGGAGCUUCGACAAUUGGCUAGGCCGUGGUUGUUAAGAGUAAAGGAAAGAGAAGAAUUUCCUUCAUUGUUGAAGGAUAUGGAAACAAUGUUCAACUACACAACUCAUUUUGUGUCUGCUAUUGAUGCAUUACCAGAAGAUGAUCAGAUAUAUACAGAGGUCGAAAUUAAAUUAAUUAAGAAGACAUUAAAUGACACCAUUACAUGGAAGAAUGAAACUCUGGCCCUACAGAAUGCAUUGGACCCAUCAAAAGAGAAUAUCAUGAAACCUGACGAUUUGAAAUCCAAAAUGGGAGAAUUGAAUCGAGAGGUUCAAUAUCUUCUCAAUAAAGCUAGAACUGCAAAACCGAAGAAGAAAACUGAGGAAACGAAAACAAAUUCAACAAAAGCAGGAGCAGAUAAAAACGCAAACACAACUGAUUCAACUAUCGAUAGUGAAGAUGUCAAGAAAUCCAGUAAUGAAACAAAAACAGAUGAGAAAUCUGAGACUGAAGAAGAACAAAAACAGACUAGCGAAAAAGUAUUAGAGAAUGAGAAAGAUAAACCUUUGAAAGAACAAGAAGAGGAAACUAAAGAAAAAGAAAAUAUUGAUGAACCCCAGCUGGAAAUUCCACCUAAUGAAGAUGCUUCAAAAUCAACCCCAAAAUCAACAGAAACCCAUGAAACAACAACAAAUGAAAGGGAAAUGAAAAAGGAAGAAUUAUAACAAAUUGAAUAUGAACUUCCAACAACUUAAUAUGAAUAGACAAUUUUUCUGCCUCUUUUCUAUUUGCUACAAAAAUGCAUAAACUUGCACAUUUCCAAAUAAAAUGCUAUCGUCACACAAUCAGACCAUCACCUAUAUUUAAUUUAUCAUAAAAUUAACAUAGAGGGGGAAAAAAUUCCCUGAUUUGCCAGCUGUUGUUUGUCACUUUCAAUCAUUUACUAUUUGUUAAUAAGUUUCUUAAUUUAUAAAAGUUCAUCAAAAUACCAAUUUGAACAAUUUUCUUUGACCUUUUGUCAAACUGGUUUACCAACCGAUCUAUCCCUUACAAUACUGAUUAAAUAUUCCAAACUUUUUAUAAUUCGAUCAUGUUUUGGAAGAACUGGAGAUUUAUCGUGGGUUUUUUUCGGUGCCAUUAAUAGCCUUCAAUAUUUAUAUUCUCAGUCCAGAUAAAUGUUACAUUAUCACUGUUAUAGUUUAGUACAAUUAAGCAAAAUUGUUGAUCCCAUAUUUUGAUUUGAAAAUUGUCUGAUGCAUGGCAUGCAUGAGAAUUGUGUUUUCAUUUCAGUUACUGCAUUUAGGUUAGAAUAUGGUUGUCAUAACUUCUUAACAUUGACGGAUUGUUGAUUUUCUAUUCAGUUACAAUAUUAAUCACAUUUUAAAUAUGAUCUUUAAAUCUGAAAGCUAAGGAUUCUUUAGGCCAAGUUCAUUAAAUAGUCGACGAGGUUUGACAAUUUAUAAUUUCUGGAUAUCUGAGAAAGAAUGAUGUUGAUAUUACUCUUACCCUCAAAUUGUCUGUUUCAUUUCGAAAAGAUUGAGAUUGUAAACAGCAUGAUAGUCGAUCAUGACCCUGUAUUCGGUUCCUCCAAUAUAGUGGUUCACCUGGAUGAGUGCUUUAAACUGACUGUGAAAACCAUAAAGAUAUUAAAUUAUUGCAUUGUGCUCUUUUGGAUGUAUGUUUAGUUCAAUGAAGAAAAAAAGAUUUUUUUUCCUUA